AUGGCGACCUCGCUGCAAGGCAAGCCUCGUAUUCGUCAGAAACAGGGCCCCUCAUAUACCGUUAGGGCGAGGCUGAAGCCCGGAGCCAAAUGUCUGCCCCAGUUGUUCAGCAGGAGCGAAGGAGCGCAUGGUGAGGCAAACAAGCCCCCAUCACCCUACGUGAAGGGACACGUCACGGUUAGAUAG